CACUUCGAGUGUACUGUUAUAAAAAUAACAUCUUUUCAGUAUUAUCUCUUAUUUCUUAACAGUUAUUCAUUCGAUGUACCAAGAAUCCAACGAUCUAAUAAGUACUCUUCUAUUAGUGCGUUUAAUAUUCUGUUAUUGAGAAAUCGCAGUACGAACGAGUAAUAACGAUAAAUUAAUACGUCUAUAUUCCGCAUUUAAUAAAGAUGCUAAUAAAUUUAUGAGACUGUAUUAAAAAAUGAGCGAGUUUGCAAUCAGUUGAUCUCUAUUCUCUCACAAAUCGUAUUGACUAACUCAUUGAGACGAAAAGGCACUCUUGUAUACCACUUGUAGAAAAGACAUAAUGAUCCUCACGAUUUUGUUGAUUCUUAUUUUAUUUUUAUCCCUAAUGCAUUAUUUUAUAAGAUAUCGGAGAAUGGGAAGAAUCGUUAAUAAAAUUCCAGGACCAGAACCAUAUCCCAUAGUAGGAAAUUUACUUAGUUUUCAAGUUGAUAAUGAACAUCUACUUGAAAACGUUUGGAAAAUGAAUGAAGAGUAUUAUCCGAUCUACAAAAUAUGGUCUUUUCUUACACCGAUAGUAAUUUUGCUUCAUCCGGAAGAUGUUGAAGUGCUCAUGAAGAGUACAAAACAUAUAGAAAAAAGUACUAUUUACAAAUACUUACAACCUUGGCUUUCUACUGGAUUGAUAACUAGUGCAGGUGAUAAAUGGCAAAAACGUCGAAAGAUAUUAACACCCGCUUUUCAUUUUAAUAUUCUUAAGCAUUUCGUUGUUAUUUUUAACGAAGAAUCACAGUUUUUUAUCAAGACACUACAAGAGGAAGGAAAAGGAAAUCCUAUAGUCAAAGAUUUACAACAAUUAAUCUCCGAAUAUACUUUAAACACCAUAUGCGAGACGGCUAUGGGUACCUCUUUAAAGGAGAAGAACGAAUUUCAAUCUAAAUAUCGCGAUGCCGUUUAUGCUUUCGGUAAAAUCGCGACGUAUAGAAUGGUAAGACCUUGGUACUACUUCGAUAGCGUAUUUGCAUUUUCAUCGAAUGGCCGACUACAAAAGAAACUGUUGAAAACCAUGCACGAUUUUUCGAAAAACAUAAUCGCAGAAAGGAAACGUUUCCAUGAACAAACUAAUGGGAAAUUUUUACAAAACCUUGAAAAUAUGGAGGAAAAUGAUAUAUUUUCUGAAGGAUUUGACAAGAAUGAUAAGAAUUCGUUAUUCAAGAAAAGACUCGCUAUGCUAGAUCUACUUAUAGCCACUUCUGUGAAGGAUAAUGAAAUCGAUGAGGAAGGUAUUCGAGAAGAAGUCGACACUUUUAUGUUUGCAGGUCACGACACUACGGCAAUGGCUUUGGUCUUUGCUUUGCUUCUUUUUGCAAAGCACAAAGAUGUUCAGCAAGGUAUAAGAGACGAAGUAAACACAGUUAUGCAACAAGAAGAUUAUAAACUAACGAUUUCUGUGCUUCGAGAAUUUUCAUACUUGGAAAGAUGUAUAAAAGAAUCACUUCGUUUAUAUCCAAGCGUUCAUAUCAUAUCUCGUUAUAUAUCUCAGGAUUUACAGCUGAAAAAUUAUUUAGUCCCGGCCGGUUCAACGUGUCACGUAAACAUCCAUAGUUUACAUAGAAAUCCAGAAUAUUGGCCGAAUCCCGAUGUUUUCGAUCCCGAUAGAUUCUUACCAGAAAAUGUAAAAGGACGUAAUCCUUACUCGUACAUCCCAUUUAGUGCAGGGUUAAGGAACUGCAUCGGUCAAAGAUUCGCAAUGUUCGAGAUUAAACUAAUGAUAGCUUACAUACUACACAACUUCUAUUUGGAACCUGUUGACGAACUAGAUGACGUUAAAAUGAUAGCAGAUAUUAUUUUGCGCUCGUCUAAACCACUCUGUGUCAAAUUUAUACCGAUAAAACGAUAGGAAACGAAUUUUACUUUCCACCUUUCGUCUUUUUCUAAAUGAAAUAAAUCGAAGUUACAACAGAA